CAAUAAUAUUGUUUUAAUUUUAUUGAAAAAAAAAAGAUCCUCUCAAAAAUAUUUCCAGCAAUUCAAAUAGAAAUGUAAACUUGUUGCGUUAUUAUUAAUAUUUGUUUCCGAAACUGCAAAUAAUAAAUUAUGUUUAAAUUAGGGCGUAUUAUUUUUGUUGUGUUUUCUAUUAUUCAGAUCAGUGACCUCUUGGGUUUGGGUACUCCAAAACAAGCUACGCAAAAUUGCGAACAAUCCACAGUCCAAUUAACCAAUUUACUCUCCUACGCUUGCGAAAACAUCGACGAGACAAGAAACUGCAGAAUGGAUUUUUUACGUGCUGCUAGAGCUAAUAAUAAUCAACCCUCAAUUGCUCUUCUGUCUUUGUAUGCCGACACCUAUUUCGCAGAAACGCAAUAUGAUCAAUGUGCAAAUAUUAUUAACGUUGCAACAUCAUCUACGAAUAAUGGAUAUUGUAUUUCAGGAUACUGCAAUUUCGUAAGGUGUAUUAGAAGAAUAAAUUCUGAUGUACUUGUAGCUCAGUGUUACAUAGAAGCCAGCCUCAAUAACGUAGCAGAAAAUCAAGAUGACCAAAUUACUUUGUACAAAAACAUAACUUCGUGCAUUUUAGCUACUGCUAGAUGUUCUAAUAUAAAUCCAAUCACUGGACAACCUCAAUCAAGAAGUGUUGUCGUUGUUAAUAAUGACGUUUUUGGAAGACCUGUAUCUAAAACAAUACCACUUUAUAAUGCAUUACAAAUUAAUCAAGCUGGAGAUCUAAGAUUAAUUACUUUGAGAGGUAGUACGUCUAUACAAACUUUCCUUUGUCCUUAUGAGUUGAAUUUGAAGGAAACUUCUUGGAUGCAGUAUAAUUGCUAAAAGAAAUUUAUAAAUUUGAAAAAAAUAAUGAUUGUAGUAUUAUAUCCUAUGAAUUAUCACUAGGCAUAAAUUUAUACUAAGUAUUGCCAAUUUGAAUUUGCGCAUAUCGGUUUAUCAACAUUGUAUUGUAAUUCGUCCCGAAAUAAACUAUCAGAGUUAUUUUUGUAA